GGCGCAGGUAGUAAACGGCAACAGAUACUCAGACCUUGUUACAAGUUAUCUUUGGUACGUUGACAUUUGUGUGCAGCCUUGGAAUUUGUUGCUUGUCGCUGUGUUUACAGCGGGAGAGAAAUGGGUAUAGACAACAUGAGAGGUGGAUAUGGAAGAUGUCCACCCUUAUUAGCGGGUGGUUUGUUUGUGAUGUGUGUUAUACUUGUUUUCAAUUGGUGGUCGUUAUCAUCUCAAAAUUAUGAACUUUUGAAACAAUUACAAGAUCUAAGCGAGCAACUCAAAAUCAGUUCAGACGAACAGGAUUUGUGCAUUCGACAGAAACAGGGUCUAGAAACCAGAAAUAAACUUACUGAAGACGACUUGGCAAAAUCGAGAGUACGCAUUGAGCUGAUUGAAAAGGAAAACGACGAACUGAAAAAGACUGUUGAGACCAAGGAAGAAGAACUAAGAACGUCACAGAAGGCCAAAGAAGAAGCUCAAGGAAAUGCUGACCGUUGCAACACAGAGUUGGAUUCUCUUAAAAAAUUGGAUAUUUCUAAAGAUGGCACAAUGGCUUCCUUACGUCUUGAUAAAAAUCGUGUGACAAAAGAACUAGAAACUUUACAGCAACAAGUAAAAAAGCUGCGUACUCAGCUAGAUAAUGCACAAUCAGAACUGGCUAAUAUGAAAAAUGGCAAGCAGAAUGUCUCACCUGCAAUAAGAGCACCUUCAGCUGUUCAGCUGCGUGUUGGAGAAUUACCACUGGUGACUCCAGUGUCAGCAGUGGAUGUGCAUAGUACUGGUCUGAAGGGUAUGAUUUACCAUCGUGGAGUGCCAAUUCUUCCACAGGAUCCACCUGAUGCUUACCGUCCACCUCCUCGUUUCAGCGUCACCCAGCUGAAAGUGAGCAAAGAUAUCUAGCGACUGGAAAUUCAUAUGUUGAUUAACAUCGUGCUUUUCCACUUGGAGUCGCAACUAUCAGAAAAACUGUCAGAAGGGUAUGUUCAUCAUCUGGAUUAUCUUGAAAAAGGAAUAUAUGUCAGAGCUGACAAAAAAUGGCUGGCAGCAAAUAGCAAAAGAAUUUGAAAUUAAGACUAGUUUACGAAACUGUCUUAAUGCCAUUGGUGGAAAGCAUGCGUAACUGAUGAAAACGGCAAACAGUGCAUCAGUGUUCUUUAACUGUUGUAUUAAUGCCUGUUCACGAUGCAGACUAUAAAUUUGUUGCUAUAAAUGUGGGAUUGUGUGUGGUAAAAGUGCUGACUCAAUAAUAUUUCAACAAUCAGUGUUCUAUAAGUGAAUACUGUCUAAUAACAUGGACAUUCCAGAUGACAAAUACAUUUCAGACAUCAACAAAACCCCAGUGCCUUGCGUAUUUGUUGCUGAUGACAACUUUCCACAGUCACACAGAACUGUGUAUCCAUAUCUUGGUCUAAGACUUGAUGUGAAAAACAAAGUACUUGUCAUUCUUGAGCAAGAUGUUUCAUAGAGUGCACAUUCAUGAUAUGGCAAAUAAGAGUAGCAGGCCUUUCACAGGCACCUAAAUAUAGACAUGGAUUUUGCUAUAGGUGUCAUGAAGGAAUAUUGCAUUCUGCACGACUAUGUACAGAACAGAGGUGGUGUGCAAUUUCUACGUACAUUGAACAAAUUGUGUAGAUGAGGAUAUUCCAUAAUGAAUACACAGACAUAAAUCCAAUUCACACUACAGAAAUGUAUUGGCCCAUUACUUGUUGUAUGAAGAUGCUCUGCAAUGGCAGUUGGAUUACAUUCACUGAAUUAAAUGUACGUGUUUUGUUAAUUAAAUAUGAA